UCUGUAGGCAGGCAUUUCUCAGAGCAAGCAGACAGCAGAACAGGGCAACUUCUGAGUGCAGAAAAAAUGGAAGUUGCUGUCAGGAAGUUCGGAGUUUGAAUUUAAUUGUUUUCCCCUUCAGCGCUGGGAAGGCUUCAUGCAUGCACCCUGCUUGGCCAUUUGACCAGAUAUGAGAUGACUACAUGAACCAUACAAGAUCGGUAUAUGAAGAAAGAAAAAUUCAAUGUUCAGUACACAAGGCCUACAGCAAAAUGUUCAACCAAAGUAAACAGAAGCCAACAACUAAGCUGAUGUGGCAAGUGUGGAUGAUCUACAUAGCCUUGGCUGCACACCUCCCUGAAGAACAAGCCCUGAGACAGGCCUGUCUUUCAUGUGAUGCCACUCAGUCUUGCAACUGCUCUUCCAUGGGUUUGGACUUCAUUCCCUCGGGGCUCACGGGCAAAAUUACGGCGUUAAACCUGGCCCACAACAGGAUAAAACUGAUCCGGGCACAUGAUCUGCAGCAGGCUGUGAACCUGAGAGCCCUGCUGCUGCAGUCCAACCAAAUCAGCUCCAUAGACGAGGACUCGUUUGCCUCCCAGGGGAAACUGGAGCUCUUGGACCUGUCAAAUAACAGCCUGGCUCGCUUGUCCCCGGCGUGGUUUGGGCCCCUUUUUUCGCUCCAGCACCUCCGCAUUCAAGGCAAUUCCUACAGCGACCUGGGAGAAAGUUCCCCCUUUUCCAGCCUGAGAAACUUGAACUCCCUCCACCUGGGCAAUCCACAGUUCUCCGUCAUCAGGCAAGGAAACUUUGAGGGCAUUACAUUUCUCAGCACGCUGAAGAUCGACGGAGGCAAUCUCAGUCAGUAUGAACCUGGAAGUCUGAAAUCGAUUAGGAAGAUAAAUCACAUGAUCAUAAGCGUAAGAAGGAUUGAUGUAUUCUCAGCAGUCAUCAGGGACCUUCUGCACUCUGCCAUUUGGCCUGAAAACCUGAAAUACCUGAAUCUCUCCAGCACUCAAAUUCCCAAAUUAACACGUUGCAUUCCCUCAACUCUUGAAGUGCUGGACGUUAGUGCUAACAACCUGCAGGAUUUUGGUCUGGAACUGCCACUUCUCAAGGAGCUGUACCUGACAAAAAACCAUCUGAAGACCUUGCCCGAAGCUGCAGCCAUUCCUAACUUAGUGGCCAUGUCGAUCAGCAGAAACAAUCUCAACAGCUUCUCCAAGAAAGAGUUUGCGUCCUUCAAGCAAAUGGAGCUGCUGGAUGCUAGCGCCAAUAACUUUAUUUGCUCCUGCGAAUUCCUCUCCUUCAUUCAGCAUGAGGCAGGGAUAACCCAGGUGCUUGUGGGGUGGCCAGAAAGCUACAUCUGCGACUCUCCGCUGGCGGUGCGAGGGGCACAGGUUGGGAGCGUGAGUCUGUCGCUGAUGGAGUGCCACCGGUCCUUCCUAGUGUCUUUGAUCUGCAUUCUGAUGUUCCUGUUCAUCCUCGUCCUGGUGGUCAUUGGGUACAAGUACCAUGCGGUCUGGUACAUGAGAAUGACCUGGGCAUGGCUCCAAGCCAAGCGGAAGCCCAAGCGAGCCCCCACGAAAGACAUCUGCUACGACGCUUUUGUCUCCUACAGUGAGAACGACUCCAACUGGGUGGAAAACAUCAUGGUGCAGCAGCUGGAGCAGGCGUGUCCACCCUUUAGGCUAUGCCUCCAUAAGCGGGACUUUGUGCCCGGGAAGUGGAUUGUGGACAACAUCAUCGACUCCAUUGAGAAGAGCCACAAGACGCUCUUUGUGCUAUCAGAGCACUUUGUGCAGAGCGAGUGGUGCAAGUACGAGCUGGAUUUCUCGCACUUUCGCCUCUUUGACGAGAACAACGAUGCAGCGAUCCUCAUCCUGCUGGAGCCCAUUCAGAGCCAGGCGAUCCCCAAGAGGUUCUGCAAACUGCGGAAGAUAAUGAACACCAAGACCUACCUGGAGUGGCCUCCUGAUGAAGAGCAACAGCAGAUGUUUUGGGAGAACUUGAAAGCAGCUCUAAAAUCCUAGAUAGGAUCAUUAAAAACUGAGUCUCUAGCCAUCCUCUACUGGAUUUAUUUCCAUUGCCUUUUUGUCCCUUUAUCUAGCUGAAUCUAUCCAACAGAGAUCUGAGCUACUGUAAUUGCUGUUACUUGCUUUGAAAUUAUACUAUUCUUGUCUCCGUGAUCAUGAUCUUUUCUAAGCAUUUUAAUCAGCAGUCUUACGAAAAGCAGUUUUGUUUAAAGAUUUGCUGUUGAAAAGUUUUUUAGAUACACAACUGUAUAUUUUAUCUAUUUUAUAUAGCUUUAUCUUUGCAAAAGCUUUACACGAGAGCCUGCUUAGCCUAGGUUUAACCACUUCCAACUGAAUGCGAUGAAAGACAGUUUAUGCAACAAGGAUUUUCAUCCUAGCUCCCGUACUAGAUAGUAGUAGAGUAGAUCUGAGGACUGAUUCUCAAUAGUAUUUCAUAAUCGUCGUAAGUUAAAUGUCAAAAUCUUCUAAAAAUUGUGGCUGCAAACUUUAAUCUAAAUAUGUGCUUUCACACUGUGGUGCUUGUUGUUCUUUCUUAGUGAAGACAUGCUUCAGAGGGCGGUUCAAACACUUCUUUGACUUGCUUAAGUGUAGUUGUUGAAGUGCUCACCUAGAGUGUAUCAACGCAAUACCUAUGUAGUCUUUGAUUUCAAGACCAUACUCUUCUCUGAUCCACCAGCACAAAGUAGCUGUUCCUCCCCUUUGUUCUCUCUGCAAGGUAGUCCACAAAACCAGAGCAGCUGAAGACUUUCCCACCUCAAACACUGUUGGAUGGGCUCAUGUUAUCUUAGGAAGAUGGCUGGGCAAGGAUUGUAACUGCUGAAGAAGUGGAAUAAAAGAGACGCCACCACCAAGCUCUUUCUUCUGAUGUAAUUUGAAAGUGAAGGGGGAUCUUGGGAGACACCUGUCCUGGAGAUGCAGAGAGUUUCAGCCAAACCUUAACAGCUUGAAUCUGGUCAGCCUAAUAAAUAACUAUCUACUUGAUCAGGUCAGUGUUUAGGCACAAUGUUCUUGGGACUGACAUUUCUAGGUAUGUACAGAAGCAAAUCUUGAAAGGCUUCCCAUGGAAAUAUUUACAGUAUUUAUUAUUUUGUCUGGGAUUAGAUCAUGGAAUCACAGAACAGCUUGAGUUGGAAGGGACCUUAAGGACCACCUGGUUCCAAAGCUCUGCCAUAGUCAGGAACACCUUCCACUCGGACAGGCUGCUCACAGUCCUAUCCAACCUGGCAUCCACAGCUUCUCUGGGCAACCUGUGCCUGUGCCUUGCUGUUCUCUGAGUAAAGAAUUCCUUCCUAACACUUAAUCUAAUUCUAUCCUAACUUGAAAGCAGCCUUGAAGUCGUAAGACAAGUUAGAUGUUCCUGUUUCAGUAUGUUUCC